CCCAACUGCCUUCUUCUAUAACAGAAUUCAAAAGAGAUCGACCAUGGGAACCAAAAGCAACGCAUGCAGAUGGUUAAGGGGCAGCACUAUUGGAGCUGGAGCUUUUGGCACAGUUAGCCUCGCCAUUAACAACUCUAAUGCCGAGCUCUUCGCAGUGAAGUCCAUGGCAGCGAGCUCUGUUUCUUGUUUAGAACAUGAAUUCGACAUUCUCAAUUCUUUGGACUCUCCAUACACCGUGCGCUGCCUGGGAAUGGAGUAUAGCAAUGAGAAUGGUGUGGAGAUGUGUAAUUUGAUGAUGGAGUACAUGCCAGGCGGCAGCUUGGGAGACCUGCUGAGUAAAUUUGGCGGACAGUUGGACGAAUCAGUGAUCAGAAGAUACACUUCUGGCAUCCUCCAUGGAUUAGAUUACCUCCACAGGCAGGGGAUUGUGCACUGUGAUAUCAAGGGAAAGAAUGUGCUUGUGGGAAGCGCUGGCGUUGUCAAGCUUGGUGACUUUGGCUCUGCCAGGAGGAAAGAGGAAAAGGGGCAAAUAAGUGUUUUAAGGGGCACCCCAUUGUGGAUGGCACCAGAAGUGGUGAAUCAGGUAGAGCAGGGGCCGCCUUCAGAUAUUUGGUCUUUGGGCUGCACUGUGGUGGAGAUGGCCACUGGGAGGCCGCCUUGGACCAACGCUUCGAAUCCCCUUGCAGCGCUCUAUCGAAUAGGUUGCACAGACGAAUUGCCAGAGUUACCCGCCCGUCUUUCGCCUCAAGGUCAGGAUUUUCUAGACAAGUGCUUCCGUAGGGAUCCCAAGCAGAGGUGGACCGCUGCACAGCUGUUGGAACAUCCUUUUCUCUCUCAGAUCGACAGCUGUUCUGAGACAGAGGCGAAAGGGGCUCCUCUGUCUCCUACCAGUACUUUGGAUUUUGGGAGCCCUGAUUGGGAUUCUGCCUCUUCUUCUAGUGUACCAAUUUUGUCUCUGCCCGUUGCAAGGCCUUGUGCGAAAGCUGAGGCAGAGGAGGAAAAGGAAUCCGUCAAGAGACCUUCAUUUUCAGCCAAGAACAGAUUGGCGGCAUUAGCCGCUAGCGGUGAGAGGCCUGAUUGGUGUGCAAGCCCCUCAAGUGAGCAGUGGAUUGUGGUGAGAUCCAACUCCUCCUUGUCAAAAACAAGAAAUAGCUCCGCAGAGAUGGAAUGCAAUUACAGGUUAGAAAGCAGGAAUCAGGGAAUGGAGAGUUGUGUAACAUCAGCUGUAGAGGACUCGGAAGCAAGGGAGUUUCAUUGUAAAUUUGAGCAGCCUUCAAAAGCCAUAACAGAGGUUUUGAUUGUUGAUCAGGUUCCUGAAUUGUAUAGAAAUAAUACCAAAUUUCAUGACAGGGCAAUAGGAAGAGAACAUCUGUGCCCUUCCGGUACAAAUCAUUGGGGUCACUGUUGUUUUCUGUUUGUUAAUAAACAUUGCCCCCAAAAGUCUGUAAGUGGGCAAUUGUGCUUCAGUUUUAUUACUGAAACCCCUCGUGAUUUUAUUUCACAGUUAAUAUCAAUUCAUAUUAUUUGGCUACACGCGUGUGCAUUUUAUUAUUUUAGGUGGUCCAAUUAA